UAUCAGUUGCCCUUGUCGUUGGAUAUUUACUGAUGACAUGGCUGGGCUUUGGAGCCAUAUAUUCAAAGUAUAAUAAACCAUCUUUACCUCUCACCACUGACAUGUGUCCUUUAGUAAAUGUUACAAACACUGGAAUGAACGCUACAAUCACCCUCUUGCAAACUCCUAAACUUACGACAGACACUUUUAUUUUGUACAAGAUAUCUUAUAUGUGGAUUUGCUUCAUUGGUUAUGUUUUGACUCAAAUUCUUAUUUGCAUUGCUGUAGUAGUAACCGGUUGGAAAAACAAUGUUAUUCCUGAAAAUUCAGUAUGCCUCAGUCCAGUGACUAGAUUUUGGAUGACAAAGGAGUUUUUUAAUGAAAGUAAAGAAAUUAAAAAUGAAUUGGAGCAAGAAGAUGGUAUUGUUUUAUCUUCCAGACAGUGAAAAGUAAUCUCAUUAGUAUCACUUUAUAAAAAAAUGUUGAAAACAAGCACUAUGUCUUUUGCUAUUGUUAAAACUGAAUUUUACA